AUGUUUGGGCUGCGAGGCUUGCGAGCUUCGAUUCGGAGUAAGAGGCUUUGCAAGGAUACUGCAGCAUCACGCCUGUUGGAUGCACUGACGGCCACCCAAAAUCCCCAAAGCGAUGUCCUCAUCGAGGCAAGCCUUUGCGUGAAUGAGCUCAGCAAGUCAGCCAAAGACGUCGGCACGGAGAAAUGGGAAAGCAUCGCACAACACUUUGUCCCUAACCUGGCGAAAAUGUCGGCAAGGAAUUUGACGAUGUUAGUGAAUGCAUUGUCGCAUGCGCGGGUGCGCCAGGAAAUCUGGUUUUCAGAGGCCCUGACUGCUCUGGACAUGGUACCGAAGAAGGGCUAUUCCGCACAGGAUUUGUGCGUGCUGUUGAGUUCGAUGGUCCGCUUGUCAUGCCACGACGGAAGCUUCGUCCAGAGGCUGCUUGAAGAAGAAUGUCCACGUCGCGUGCUGGAACUUGAGCCCCGUGGAAUUGCAGGCUUUGCCCAUGCAGUGACCAGGCUAGGGGGCACAGGUGCUGAGUCUCUCGUGCAGGCUUUGCUGCCAAAGAUGCGGUCGUUUUUGUCAGAAGGAGUCCUGCUGCCACUGGAGAUGGCUCUGGCCAUUGAUGCGCUCUCACGAUUUGGAGAUGGCGGUGAACCGUUGGUGCACGGGACUUCUCAGCUGCCACGUUGGGCCGACGAGGCAACUUCUGACCUCGAAGAUGGCCUUUGUGCCCAAAAGGGUGUGUCAAGGCUGAAACCACUGGAGGUGGUGAUGGUGAUCUCUGCACUCUCGAGACGUGGCUUCGUUGGUGCUGACCUUGCCGCCGCCCUCUCAUCGGCUGUGGCCGCACAUUUAGCCAAGUGGCCGCCGGAAGAGCUGUGCAUUGUGGUGCACUCUGCCGCAAGGCUUGACCUAAGGCUCGACCUGCCUUUGGUCGAUGGUGGCAAAGCACCGCUUAUGUCAAUCCUCGACGUGGUAUCAGACUCCAAAGAUGGUCACUUCUUGAAAGAAUGCUCGCCUGACCACCUUGCACUUCUCCUACAUGGACUAGCAAAACUGCUGGUCCAGCCACCUACAGCGCUGUGGAAAUUUGUUUUGGAAACUCGAAUAACUCGAAUUACAAGUCCCGGCAGCUCCGUUCACCACCUGCUGCGCCCCACCGCCAUUCGCCUGUCCUUGGCUGCUGCCAAAGCCGACUUCAAGCACGAGUUACUUCGAGACGUGUUGCAGCACGCAAUCUUCGCUGGGCCACUCGAAUCGUUGUCGGAUGAUGCCUUUGCAGCGAUUGUCUAUGCACUCAUGCAUCCGUUCUAUUGUCGGAGAAGGUUCUUGCUGGAGCUCCUGAUGCACGUGGCCUCAUUCCGGCAUGUUGGCACACAAAGCCUUGCACUGCAGAUCCGCUUAGGGCUGGUGCACUUCAUGUUCUGCACCAACAGCUCCCGUAUGCCUUCUUCAACUCAAAUCCACCUUCUAUCAAAGGUCGAAGUGAAGACCAGUGAGAAGGCAGAAUGGUCUCGGAGCCUGCGCUCCCGGCCUUCAGCUCUACAGUCGGAUGUGCACUUUCAACUCAAUGCGAUCACAGGCUCCGCGACGGAGGCGGCAGUCGGCUCGGAAGUCCUUCUCUGGCCCUUUUGUGUUGACCUCCUGUGGCCCCGAGUGGAAAACGCCUCUUGA